GGUUCAGUGCCGCCACUGGAACCGGGAGAUGCGGCGACGCCGGGGCUGUCGCUGUGUUUGCUUUGAGUUGACUCUCGCCCCGUCAGGCGGCUCCCUGUGCAGCGCGGAUCAUGCUGUUACCCUCGGAUGUAGCCAGGCUGGUGUUGGGUUACUUACAACAAGAAAACCUCACAUCUACGUGCCAGACGUUUAUUUUGGAAAGCUCAAAUUUAAAAGAAUAUGCAGAACACUGUACUGAUGAAGGUUUUAUUCCAGCCUGCUUACUGUCCUUAUUUGGAAAAAACUUGACAACAAUUUUGAACGAAUAUGUAGCCAUGAAAACAAAAGAAACAUCAAAUGAGGUCCCAACAAUAAUGUCAUCUCUGUGGAAGAAGCUAGACCACACCCUUUCUCAGAUCAGGAACAUGCAAAGUUCUCCAGGGUUUGCCGCCCAUCAGAGAGCCCGAACAAGAAACGGAAUUGCAGAAAUCAAGCGACAGAGGUGGCUUGCAUCUCAGGCAGCUCCCGUCAAUUCAGAGUUACUCGUUUUACCUUAUGGUUCAGGACAAUUUACCACUUCUUCUUUGGUAGCCACACAAGCUGUUAAACCAACUGGUCAAAUUUCAACUCCAGUGAGAUCAAAUAUUGUAGUAGUCAACCAGUCACAGUCACAAAAUACUGUAACUACUGCAGAGUCUUUAAAUAUCAUACCUGGUCCUCAGGAAAGGAAAACUAAUACCAGCUUAAUGUCUCCUGGUAGGCGUAAAAGUGAAUCACAAAGGAAGAGUUUCACAUCGUCUGGACCUCAUUCUUCAAUAAGGAAUUUACAAGAUCCAAAUGCAUUUGCAGUAGAAAAACAAAUGGUUAUUGAAAAUGCAAGAGAGAAGAUAUUAAGCAACAAAUCUCUUCAAGAAAAGCUAGCAGAAAACAUAAAUAAGUUUUUAACUAGUGAUAAUAGUAUUGCUCAAAUACCUAAGCAAACAGACAACAACCCUACUGAGCCAGAAACUUCAAUUGAUGAACUCUUAGUGCUUCCGAGUGAAAUCCACAUGUCUGAAGAAGCAAUACAAGAUAUAUUGGAACAGACAGAAUCAGACCCAGCAUUUCAGGCUCUCUUUGAUCUAUUUGACUAUGGUAAAACAAAGAAUAAUAAAAAUAUAUCACAAAGUGUUUGUAGUCAACAUAUGGAAACUAAUCCUAAUAUAGUCUUAACUGAAGAAACUAAUCUAGCAAUUAAAAGUUCUUUUGAAACAGAAGAAUCUGAUGGGCAAUCUGGUCAGCCUCCCUUUUGUACAUCCUUUCAAAAUGAAGAUGUAUUAUUAAGUGAUUUGAAGAAUGGCAAUAGCCACGAUGUUCUUCAACAAGAAUCCCAGGAAAAUUUCUCCCAAAUAAACACUAACAUUCAAAAAAAGGUCUUUAAAACAGCUGUACCUGCUGAACAGAAGUGUGCCCUUGAUAUUGCCUUUGAGUCUGUAUCUAAUUUGAGUGACUUUAACCAAAGAGGAGGCUCCACUGAAUGUAAUGACCAUUGUUCUGAGUUAUACACCAGUCAGAUGCCCACUGACACUGAAAGGGUUGUGGAGGUUGAAAAGGAUUCUUUGUCUACAAGUAUGCUGAAUGAACCUCAGAUACAGCCUGAUCAGCCUGAUAUACCAGUGACUUCAUUUGUGUCCCUUGGUAGUGAAGCCAAUGGUGAAAACUUAAUUCUCUCUGGGAAAAAUACCCAGCUUUUGUCCCAGGAUACUCCAUUGACUGGAAAGCCAUCUAAAAGUCAAUUUUGUGAAAAUUCUAACAAUAUAAUAAAAGCUAAAACUAAUUCCCAUGGUUCCGAGUCACUAGAUUCUUGUCAAACUCAAAGCAGUAAAAUUGAAACUAAUAGUGUAUCAUCAGUUGCAGCACAGCCACUACCAGAUUGCCAAGAUAAUUCUCCAUUGCAAAGUAAAACAUCACCUGGGACUGUUGAAAGUUCAGGUUUAAAUGUAUCUGAACAAAUAGAAAUUCAUCUUGAAGAAUCAGUCCCUUCAGAUAAACAGCUAUCUAAUGGUUCAACAUCUGUUGACUUGAAUCAUAUGGAAAACAAGCCUGAGACACUUAAGUCUAAGAACUCCCAAGAGCCUUCCUCUUCUGUGAAAGAUGGAGAUACAAUUUUUCUCUCUUUGGGUGAACACAACAGCUGUGAAGAAGUUGCACUGGUUCCCCGAGAGGAUAAUCCUGUGAAAAAUAAUCAUUCGCUUCCUUCAGAAUCUGGUGGUUCAGUGGGAGGGUCUCCUGAGACCCAAAGUACUGAUGGUAAGCCUAGCAAAGACUCAGUGGAGGUGGAUGCGUCAAGUAUUGUGUCUCUCAAAAUUAUCAUUAGUGAUGAUCCAUUUGUUUCCUCAGAUGCAGAGCUUAACAGCGCUGUAUCUAGUAUCAGUGGAGAAAACUUGCCAACAAUAAUUCUGUCUUCUAAAUCUCCUGCCAAAAAUGCAGAAUUUGUUACAUGCCUGUCUUCAGAAGAAACUACAAGUGCUGUUGUAUCUGUGGAAGUAGGGGAUUCUGGCUCAGUGGAGCAGAACCUUGUGGUGCUGAAACCUGAGGAACCUGUGGUAAGCAAUCCUCAGAGUGAAGAUGGCAUUACUUUUUCAACCAGUGUUGCACCAUGUGUUCCUAAGGACGGAGGAUACAUACAGUUGAUGCCUGCCACAAGCACAGCCUUUGGCAAUUCAAGUAACAUUUUGAUAGCUACCUGUAUGACUGAUCCAACAGCCUUGGGACCAACUGUCAGUCAAUCUAAUGUAGUGGUAUUGCCUGGGAAUUCUGCACCUAUGACUGCACAGCCUCCUCCGCAGCAGUUACAGACACCACCAAAGUCUAACAGUGUAUUUGCUGUCAACCAAGCUGUGUCACCAAACUUUUCACAAGGCUCUGCUAUCAUAAUUGCUUCUCCAGUACAGCCUGUGCUUCAAGGAAUGAUGGGAAUGAUACCUGUGUCUGUAGUUGGACAGAAUGGAAAUACAUUCUCUACUCCUCCUCAGCAGGUCCUUCAUAUGCCUUUAGCAGCACCUGUUUGUAACAGAAGUAUUACUCAGUUCCCCAUUCCUCAAAAAUCUCAGAAGGCUCAGGGACUCAGAAACAAGCCUAUUACAGGAAAACAAGUAAAUAAUUUGACAGAUUUGUCCAGUCUUUCAGGAGCAUGUCAUAUGCAAAGUAGAACUGAAGCUUCUGAUAAGAAUAUAGCCCCUGAACUUGGGAAAAAAUUAGAAGAGGUCACAAUUCCCCUCUCAGCAGAGAGGACAGCUCCUGCCAGCAAGCCAUUUGAAAGUCAUAGGCGUGUGCUCUGUUUCGAUAGCACUGUUUCUUCUGUGACAAAUACGCAGGGGCCACAGAAUAAGAUGACCUCCCAAAACAAAGAAAAGAAGGACACGUCCUUUCCUGCUACUGACUUAGCCAUUGUCCCCUCCACCUUAAAUCCACUUUCUAAUAGUACCGUUAAAAGAGAGAGAGAAAAAACUGUGCCCAAGAUUUUAUCUAAAUCAGAAGCUGCCUUUAGCCGACACACCACUGUGAAAGAAAUUCAGUCUGAAAAGAAAGUUUUCCCCACAGAAGUGGCCCUUGAGUCUUUCCAUAAAGCAACAGCUAACAAGGAGAAUGAGUUGUGCAGUGAUGGGGAAAGACAGAAGAGUCCAGACUCUUCAAAACUGCCUGUUGGGCAACAGAAUGGGAGCUUGCGGAAUGAAAAAGCUAUAGCUUCCCUGCAGGAGUUGACCAAAAAACAAGCCACGUCCUCAAACAAUAAAAAUGCUACUUCUAUAGGUGGAACUGUGAAGGACCUAAAACAAGAGCAAAGUAAAUCUACUAAUUCUUUAAUUGGUGCAGAAAUAUUGCAGGAUGUUCCACUGCACAGCCCAGCAAAUAGGAUUGCUGAUACUGAUUUGCCAGUACCCCGGACACCUGGCUCAGGAGCAGGGGAAAAGCAUAAAGAAGAACCUGCCGACAGUAUGAAGGCACCCUCUAGUAGGCGCUUUGGUGAAGAUGGCAGCAUGCCCAGAAUAAUGGUCCCUCCUGUUACUGCAGACUUGCCUGCCUGCAGCCCAGCCAGUGAAACAGGCAGUGAAAAUAGUGUGAGCAUGGCUGCUCAUACGCUUAUGAUUCUCUCUAGAGCAGCAAUCGCUAGGACAACAGCAACUCCUCUGAAAGAUAACACACAGCAAUUUAGAACAUCUUCAAGGAGCACUACAAAAAAGCGGAAAAUUGAAGAAUUAGAUGAGCGGGAGCGAAACUCCCGUACUUCUACUAAAAAUCUUGCAAAUUCAUCAGUACCAAUGAAAAAGAAGAAAAUCAAGAAAAAGAAGCUACCUAGUUCAUUUCCAGCAGGAAUGGAUGUGGACAAAUUCUUGCUGUCGUUGCAUUAUGAUGAGUAAACCCCCUGAUGUAGAGAACAGUAGCCGUUUAAAACUAAUGUCCUUCAAACUGUGCGUGUAGGAAAUGGGAUCGCGACAGACUCUGCAAACAUGACCUGCACUUUCAUUGUACUGAGAUUUCACUUUAUAUCUUAAGUCAUGCUGUUUCUGAAGCAGCUUCCUGGUUUGUAAAUAGACUUCCUUGCUAUAUUUUUAUUUUAGAACAAAAGAAAAUGUGCAAAAAUGUAAGUAAAGCCAAUCUGAAACUGUACAGCUUUGACACUGUAUAUUGUACAUGUGUAUAUCGUGUAGAAAUACAGCUUAAGUCAGCCUAGUUCCCACACUCUUGACUUCUAUGAUGCCUAAGGCUUCUGGAGUAGUUUCUCAUCUCCUUUGUAGGAAGAUGAUGGUUAUUCAUAUAAAUUACCUUCAGCCAACAUUAAUAAGACACUUAAAUAUACAGCCACUAAGUAAAAAAUAAUGAUGAUAACCACCUCAACUUGUUAAUAGAAUACCUAAUCAGAAAGCAGCAGCUUGAUGAUUACCCUCGGAAUCAAUACUUUAUCACUCCUUUCUCAUAAAUUGCAGUAAAAACUAUAUUUCUGAAAUUCUGUACUUUCUUCCAAUCAUCUGUUCUCUUUGUUUUAAAGAGAUUUUUAUAAACCAUUUAUUAAGUGUUCUGGUACUUCAAUUAUAAAAUUUUACAGAACAUUAAGUGGUUAGACUAUUGAGCCAUAAAAAAUUUGACUUACGUAGUAGUUGAGAUUUCUUUAUUGUAUAUAAACUUUCCCUGAGUACUAGGGAUACAAAGAAUUGCACUAAUUCAUAGAAUUUUUCACAUACUAGUGACCAAUGCACAUUUAAUUUAAAUUUGUAUGUAAAAGCUUAUGUGGAGGAUUGUCUUCUGGUGUCUUUGAAAGUCAUGUCCAUCAUAAGAUGUAAAAAUACAAAUCAUAGUUCUAUUGUAAUUUAGUUUGCCCUAAAGUGGGGUGUGUAAAUAACUGUGUCUGUACUUACCUAUAGAGCAUUGUGUUCCUAGAAUGUUGUAAAUACUUGUUCUCGAGGGCCUUAGGGAAGAGAGAGGUGCCUUCUCUGUGCUGACGGAGUGUGUUAUAGAAGUAACAGUCAAGUUGAAAAGCUGGCUUAAACUUUAAAGUAAUGACAGAAAUUAUCAUUAAUACUUGACCAAUUGUGCCUAGAUAUUGAAGUGUUUUCGUAAGUCCUUUCUGUUUAACUAAAUAUCAGUAUAUUAGGAUUUUUUUCCUACGAGUGUAUAUUUUAUUAAAAAGUCACUUUCUUCAACCAUUUUUUGUACUGGGCCUUUAACAAAUAAAUCCAUCCCGCUGUAAUAACAAAAAAGUUUUCAAUAUAAAAAUUACGUCUUUAAUUGCUAGACUUUACUGUAUAAAUUUAUACUGAGAAAUUUUUAUAUGACUGAUCUAGUCCUAAGGAACUGAAUAAUCAUACAGUUAAUAUUUACAUAACUCAGUUUGGAUCUCUCCUACAGUUAAGUUUGAAUAAAUGUAUUUUCAUUAACUUUACAAGUUUGAAUUUAUAUUGGACAGUCCUAUUUAGAAACUGUUGGUUCAAUUUCUUUGCAGGUUAGUUAAUUCUCACUGUUUUUUUAGGAAUUCACAUAAUGCAGAAAAUUGCAGAUUUUCUUGUGUAAUUGAAAUCUAUGUGCUACAUUGUGAAAAUUCGUACAUAAGUUAACUCGUGAUUUAUGUAAUAGUUGUGUGUGGUUUUUAGUCAGUGUCUCUCAUGUAGCUCAGCUCACUUUGGAUUCAUUAUAUAGUCAAGUGACUUUUAAUUCCUGAUACUCCUCUCUACCUCCUAAAUGCCUAGUAUUGUAGGCAUGUACCACACACAACUUCUUCAGAAUUCUCUUCCUUGUUCUUUGGUGGGUUUGUUGUUGUUUGCUUGUUUUAUUUUUUGAGACAAGGUCUCUAUGUAGUCCUGGCUGACAUCAAACUCAGAGAUCUUCUGCCUCUGCCUCCCAAGUUCUGGGAUUAAAGGUGUGUGUUACCAUGCCUGGCCUUCAGGAUUUUUAGUGAACUAUCCUGAAGCACUAGAUAGUAAGUCCAAAGACAGUCUGCACAUACACACAACCAGAGAACAGUGUCAGGAUGUUUUAAUUCUCUAUGCCAUUCUCCCUUAGGACAAGGUCUCUCUAGGCCUGGAGCUUGAUGAUUUUAACCUGUGCUGACUGGUCAGCAAGUCCCAGAAAUUCUCCUGUCUUCCUCUUUGUGGGACCCUCACCCCCCUUAUUCUCAAAGGGGCGAGAAGAAAUUUCCUAGCAGAAUGUUUUCUCAGGAAGAAUGUGGCCUUCCCCUCUCCCACCUGGGAGCAUAAGGUCACUUAGCUCAGCCCAGCCAGCCAACCACCUGGUGAUAAAGACGCAGAAUGGGAGAGAGUAAAAGUCCUUGCCCCCGAGCCAAAGGAGCUUCAAAAGCGUCUUUGUAGUUACACCUUUAAACGCUUACCCCACAGAGGAGAUACAAUUCCUCUCUACCUCACUGCAGCGGGGGCAGAGAUGGGUUCCAAACAUGUUUGUAUUAUGCUAAUUAAACCUUGCUUAUUACAGUCUGGGCCUCUCUAGUGGUCUCUCUCUGGGGGUCGCAAUCUGGGUACAACACUCCUGUCUUUGUUUCCCACAUCCAGCAGCAAGGGUACAGGUAUACAAGCCAUUUUCAUAUGUGCUGUUCAUAUAUAGGUGCUGAAGAUCUGAAUUUCCAUGCUCAGCAAACACUUAGCCACUAAGUCACCUGCUCUGCCUUCAUUUCAUUGUUUUUAGGUGUUACAAAUGGAAACAUCACUGAGCCAAUUUGUAAAGAAACAUCUGUUUACAUAUUCAUUUAUUUCCUUAGACAUUUUACUAGUUACUUUUCUGCCAACAAGUAGUUGUUUCUUCUAAACCACAUAUUUAUACCUUGCAAGAUGUAUAUUCAGCUAAAUCAUCACUUAUUUCUCUAGGCUUUUAUUUAACGUGUUUAAAAUAGCAGUAGUUAACUUCUAAAUCCAUAUGUAAUUUGUUUGGGUAACUGGCGUGAAAAAAUGGCGGAAAAUGCUUUCUCCUGACUCAUUUCGCAGUUUGUUAAAAUCAGCUGUCCUUUCCCAUGUUCAUUUGUAUUUCAUCCUACCGCAGUUCACACUCUCAGCAGUUCUAAAGUCCGAAAGCUUCUGACAGCUAACUCCUUGUUCUCAAAUUUAACUUAGAACCCACUUCAUGGUAAAACAUUGUCAAAGGGCCUGAGUCCUCUUACACUCUUCUAUUUCAUUCUAUCUGAACAAACCCCAAAUAUUCUGAAUUAUUAAACAGGGCUUACUUCAAAAGUUGAUAGUCAAGGAUUUCAGGCUUGUAUGACAUUUACCUACAUGUGUAUGAACUAAUACACUAUGUGUAUAGAUUAUGUUCAUUGGUUGCAUCAUAACUCUAGCUGUUACUAAAUAUUAAUUUUUUUCUCAAGUAUGCCAUUUCUACUUCCUGAUUCAGAAUCAUGUUAUUUCAAACUAAAGUUCCAUUGAAAUCAAUUUUCAAAGUACAUUAAAGUCAUAGCUUAAUUGAUGCUAAAUAGCAAGUGGAGGUAAAAUUGGUGAUUGGUGGCACAAACUUGUAAUCCUAGCACUCAGAUGGGGUAGGA